AUGGGGAGGGCUAUUGCUGCUUUAACCAGGUCCCUGAAUCUGCUGGUGCCCAACGCCCUGGAAUACAUUUGAACCAUCAAGGAAUUGGAGAAUUCCCUGGAUAAAUGCAAGAACGAGAACGUGCAGCAGAUCUUGAUCAACACCACCAUCCUGAUGGUCAGUGUGGUGGCAAGGGGACAGCAGCUGUCAGAGAAGGAGCUGGGCAGGAUGGAGGACAUGUGUGACAUGGCACUGGUGCUGAGCUGGGCCAAGCUGUGCAUCUACGAGUACGUGGGGUCCUGUGGGUUCUUCAUCGCUCCCAACCUCUCCCUCAUCCAGGGCUCCAUGGCUGCCAAGAUCACGGGGGUGGCACGGGGCCUGACCCUGCUGUCCAAGCACCCUCCUGCUGGGGGCUUCUCCUCCACCUCCGUCCUGCCCCACGGCGGCUUCAGCCACCACAGCGACAUCGCCCGGGCCCUGCUGCUGCGUUUGAGGAGGAAAGUGCGGCUCUUGGUGGCCAAGGGCACGCUGGCAGCCAGGGGGCACAGCUGCCAUGAGAAGGACAGGAAGGUGGGCUGCGAGCUGAGGGAGGGGAUGGAGUGCAAGCUGGACAAGUGGCAGGAGCCCGCCCCGGUGAAGCCGCUGCCACUGGACGGGCUGAGGGAGAAGGGGAAGGGUCGGCGGUAGCGGAAGCUGAAGGAGCCCUUGGGGCUGACGGAGAUCCGCGAACAGGCCAACAGGAUGAGCUUUGGGGAGAUGGAGGAGGACAUCUACCAGGAGCACCUCGGGUUCAGCCUGGGCCACCCGGGCAAGGCCAGCGGCGGCCACGUGCACCAGACUCUGGUCAGCGAGGCCACCAAGGCCCAGGACAGGGAAGCCCUGCAGAGGGCCCUGAGGAAGCAGAGUGCCAUCCACAGGGGAAAAUCCACAAUCUGGGACCACAGCUCAGGCAUGGCCUCGAGCAUGGCCUUCACCCACCUGCAGGGGCUGGAGAUCAUGAUGCAGGCAGCCAGGAAAAAAGUGGCUGAGGCCAACCAGAAAUAUUUCUCCUGCGCCGCCAAGUUUGUCAAGGUCAAGGGGAACAAAAAUAGGAUCCCCAUUCCCCAAAUGCCACUGGGAUCCCUAAAUCCCACCCUGUGA